AUGCGCAGACGGGAGCAGGGUGGAUGGAUACGUGUCUUCGGGCAGAAGUGCGGCAGAGCGGGCGAGAGAGGCCGUGGCACGCAGCCCUGCUCUGGCACCGACCGGGUGAAGCCUGAGGAGAGCGCCUGGGCAGCGGCGGAGAUAACCGGGGCGGGGGCGCUGCGCGGGUACCCGCACCCCCUCGCCGGUCGCACUCAGCACGUCACCGCUGCAUCGCCUCGCCUCGACGCUCUCGCGGUUAUCGAGCUGUCGUGGAAAACGAAGGUAGGUGUACUUCUUUGCAGCUCUAAUGUAAUAUUUUCCAAUUUUUCUUUUAAAGAAACCGAAGAAGUUUUUAAAGUGAAGAAAUCAAGUUACAGCAAAAAGAUUGUAAAACAACUGAAGAAAGAAUACAAAGAAGAUCUUGAAAAAUCAAAAGUUAGAACAGAGGUCAAUUCUCCAACAGAUGUUGAACCACCUCUAGAAAAAACAGGGCUGAUCAAGGAUAUAAGUCAAGAAGAUGGAACUGCAAACAGUGAACAAGGCGAAGAAGAAAUGGAAGUUGAAAGCGAGAAGGAAGAAGAAAAACCAAAAGCUGGUGGGGCGUUUUCAAGUGCUCUGUCCUCACUGAAUGUUCUCCGCCCAGGAGAAAUUCCAGAUGCUGCUUUUAUUCAUGCCGCUAGGAAAAAGCGUCAAAUGGCUCGUGAACUUGGAGACUUUACACCUGUUGACAGUGAACCAGGUAAAAGCCGCCUUGUUCGCGAAGACGAAAAUGAUGCCAGUGAUGAUGAAGAUGAUGACGAGAAGAGGAGGAUAGUUUUUACGGUGAAGGAAAAAUCCCAAAGGCAAAAGAUUGCUGAGGAAAUAGGUAUUGAGGGAAGCGACGAUGAAGCACUGGUGACAGGGGAGCAGGAUGAAGAACUCAGUAGAUGGGAGCAAGAACAGAUACGGAAAGGAAUCAACAUACCUCAGGUUCAACCAAAUCAGCCUGCUGAAGUGAAUAAUCUGUACUACCAGAACACUUACCAGACACUGUCUUAUGGUUCAUCAUAUGGCAUUCCGUACACUUACACUGCGUAUGGGUCAUCGGAAACCAAGUCUCAAAAAACAGAUAAUACGGUUCCUUUCAAAACUCCCAGUAAUGAGAUGACUCCUGUUACUAUUGAUUUGGUAAAGAAACAGCUUAAAGACAGGUUGGACUCUAUGAAAGACUUGCACAGAGCUAAUCGGCAGCAAUAUGAGAAACAUCAGCAAAGCCGAGAGGACUCUACCAAGGCAAUUGAGAGAUUAGAAGGGUCUUCUGGGGGUAUUGGUGAACGGUAUAAAUUUUUGCAAGAAAUGCGAGGGUAUGUCCAAGACUUGCUUGAGUGUUUCAGUGAAAAGGUGCCUCUGAUUAACGAACUUGAAUCCGCAAUGCACCAGCUGUACAAACAGCGAGCUUCCCGCCUUGUCCAAAGACGACAAGAUGAUAUUAAAGAUGAAUCUUCGGAGUUUUCAAGCCAUUCAAAUAAGGCAUUGAUGGCACCAAAUCUUGAUUCUUUUGGUCGAGACAGAGUGCUCUAUCAAGAACAAGUGAAGCGGCGGACUGCGGAAAGAGAGGCUAGAAGAGCCCGUCGUAGACAAGCAAGAGAGCAAACUGGGAAGAUGGCUGAUCACCUUGAAGGCCUUUCCAGCGAUGAUGAGGAAACUUCAACAGAUAUUACAAACUUCAAUAUGGAGCGAGAUCGUAUAUUGAAAGAAUCCAGCAAAGUUUUUGAAGAUGUUUUGGAAAGCUUUUACUCAAUUGAUUGUAUUAAGUCACAGUUUGAAGCUUGGCGUUCAAAGUACUUUGCUUCUUAUAAGGAUGCUUAUAUUGGCCUCUGUUUACCAAAGCUGUUUAACCCUUUAAUCAGACUUCAGCUGCUUAUCUGGACUCCUUUGGAGGGGAAAUGUCGAGAUUUUGAGACGAUGUUGUGGUUUGAAUCACUGCUGUUUUAUGGCUGUGAAGAACAGGAGCAAGAAAAAGAUGAUGCUGAUAUUUCACUAUUACCUACCAUUGUGGAGAGAGUUGUUCUCCCUAAAUUGACAGUGAUUUCUGAAAAUAUAUGGGAUCCUUUUUCUACAACUCAGACAUCUAGGAUGGUAGCAAUUGUACAGAAACUAGUAGAUGGAUACCCUUCAGUAGUGAAUGCAGAGAACAAAAAUACACAAAUGCUUCUAAAGGCGUUGUUGCUAAGAAUGAGGAGAACACUUGAUGACGAUGUAUUCAUGCCCUUAUAUCCAAAAAACAUCUUGGAAAACAAGAACUCUGGUCCCUAUUUGUUUUUCCAACGUCAGUUUUGGUCUUCUGUUAAGUUACUGGGAAACUUUCUCCAGUGGUGUGGAAUCCUUUCAAACAAAACUCUCCAGGAACUGUCAAUAGAUGGUCUGCUAAAUAGAUACAUCCUUAUGGCUUUUCAAAAUUCAGAGUAUGGAGAUGACAGCAUUAAGAAAGCUCAAAGUGUGAUUGCUUGCUUUCCUAAACAGUGGUUCGCUAAUCUAAAAGGAGACAAGACUAUUUCUCAGUUGGAAAACUUCUGCAGAUACCUUGUUCAUCUGGCUGACACAAUUUAUAGAAACAGCAUUGGUUGCUCUGAUGUAGAGAAAAGGAAUGCAAGGGAGAACAUAAAGCAGAUAAUAAAGCUUCUAGCAAGUAUCCGAGCACUGGAUCACGCUGUGACAGUUGCGAAUGAUCACAACGUAAAAGAGUUAAAGAUUUUAAUAGAAGGGAAAUAGAACUUUUCUGACAACUCAUUUUGAGCUUUGAGACCAUUCCUGAUAUGUAAUUUAUGUACAUAUGUAAAGUUUCUUAAACUGUAAAGUAUUGAUCCUUGUUUUAAUACAAAGUGCAUUCUUAUAUACAGCAUCUUUAAAAAAAAAAAAAAAAAAAAAAGAUUUCUUUGAAAAUAAAAAUGGAAACCAAGAUUAUCAUCUUUCCCAAAAAUCAGACUUUCAUCAAAGUUUCUCAGAAUCUUGUUUACAAAACCACUUUGUACCCAUGACUAGUAGUCAUCCACUCUGCUAAUUGUUCCAUGGUUAACUGGAAUGUGUAAAAUAUACUAUGUGUAAUACAACGUAUGCAUAUAUUUAUACCACCGUGUUACUUUCACACUGGAUAUAGAGCUCUCUUACUGUUGAAAUAAGCUUUUCAUUUGCUAAAAAUUCCUCGUUUUGACAAUAAAUUGAUCAUAUUAUUGGUCAAAAGGGCUGGCAAAACAUGCAAAUAUGUGGAAAAUCAUUUGGCCAAAAUAGUAGACUUCCAAAUGGAACCUGACCUUUAAAAAGCAUCUGUGCUAGACUCAAAUUGGAAUAGCUAAACUUUGAUUUGCAUUCAGAAUGUGGAGUUUUUAAGACUGUUCUUAGGAACAAAACAGAAAAGAGAACCUGAAUCAGUACUUAAUGAUUCUUUAAUACAGACCAACAAUAAGUAUACUUGUGCCAUAAUCACAAGUUCAUGAUAGCACUUACUAAUCCCAAAUUAUCUUUCAUUUUGGAGGAGUAAUACUUCACCUAUGGACUCUGGACCUUCAUUCCUUGCACAAGUUGGUUAAAUUCCCUGUUUGUUUCUCUCCCCCCCUCCCCCCCCCCUUUUUUUUUUUUUAAAUAGCUUCAUACAUGGAACCUGUUCUUACUGGUAUGGCUAAAGAUGUCAAGCCAAAUGAAGGUGAAGAAAAUUUUAUCUCCUAUGAUUUGAAGUAUUUAUAUUGUAGUAAAUACUUCAGAUGUUACACUUCCUGCUAAGUACAUCUAAGAAUAGAGUCUUGCAAAACAAAAUGUUUGAUUUAGCUGUAAAUUAAAACCCUUUAAAUAUAUGCUGAUUUACAUCGGAACACUAGUGACUUGAUCUUGGGGUCCAAGGAAUAGUAACAGCUGUAAUUGCCUUGGAUUAAGAUCUAUUUCCAGGUGUGCCCUACUUUUUGGGAACUGUAGCAAUAAAUUGGCAUACUGAAUAACAUAAGAAUCAUUGUAUUUUAUGCUCAUGUCAUGUGGUAUAAAUAUGAAAAAUGUACAAUUUGUAACAUGUGCGCUUCAUUUGGACACUGAACAAUUGUUUUUCUGAUCUGUUGGGAUUGAUGGAAUAUUCAGAAUAUCUGCUUUUAAAAAUUGUUUCAAUAAACUUGUCUGUCAAGGA